GAAGAAACAAAAACAAUAACCCAACACAUAGCCAAUUAUUCCAAAAUGACCGGCAAGAAGGAAUUGGUUUCAGAGAAUUUCAACAAGUCCAAAACGACUCCGAUUUCUCAUAGCCUGUUGAGCAGCGAGCGCUCCAAAAGUAUCCCCGCGUCCGGGAAUUCGUCGCGAUGCACGGGCUUUGGGAUUCAAGAGAUCCUGGGACUGAAUAAAGAGCCGCCGGCGCCGACCGGGCUGAUCCCGGAUUCACUGCCGCCCAGCGCUCAGCUUGUGUCGGCCCGGAGCGUACUGACCCCCGCCGGGAUGGGUCUGGUCGGGGCGGCCGGACUGCCGGCUUUUUACGGGCAGUCGGCCUUCUUGGACGUGUUGUCGGAGCACCAGGGAGUCCACGCCGCCCUCCCGGUACACCUGCAGCCCCUGCGCCGAGGAGCCAUCCACCUGAACGCCAGUCACGAAAUGAGCUCAGAUUCCGAAGACAUUUCAUCGAGCGACAGGAAGAUCUCCAAAUCCAAUCUGAGCCAGGCGAAAAAGCGGAAGAAAAGGCGUCACAGGACCAUCUUCACCUCUUACCAGUUGGAGGAGCUGGAAAAGGCAUUCAACGAAGCUCACUACCCUGAUGUCUAUGCCCGGGAAAUGCUGGCCAUGAAAACAGAACUGCCAGAGGAUAGAAUUCAGGUAUGGUUCCAGAACCGCCGGGCCAAGUGGAGGAAGCGUGAGAAGUGCUGGGGCCGCAGCAGUGUGAUGGCAGAGUACGGGCUGUACGGAGCCAUGGUGCGCCACUCCAUCCCUCUGCCCGAGUCUAUCCUCAAGUCGGCCAAGGAUGGCAUCAUGGAAUCCUGCGCUCCUUGGCUUCUCGUUCAAGAUGGCUUACCAAUGACCAGGCGAUUUUCUAAAACCGAGUACCAACAAUUCUUUCUAGGAAUGCACAAAAAGUCCCUGGAGGCAUCUGAAGUGGUGAGGAAAGUGGAGACAGAACACGGCAAUCAGGCCGGCCCAGAGGACGAGCAGCGGGAAGACAAGAGCAACGAUUCCAAGGGAGCCAUUUCUAAGGAGGAGCUGAGGGAGAGCAGCAUAGCUACCCUCAGGGCAAAAGCACAGGAGCACAGUGCGAAAGUGUUAGGGACAGUUUGCGGUGACACGGAAGCCAAGAUGGCGCAGGAGGAGAAGCCCGCAGAGACGAAGAGCGAGCAGUCAAAAGCAACGCAAGACGAGAUCGCCACUGAAAAGUUCUAAACUUUAUAUACAGACUAUUAGCUCUUUAUAUAUCUCUGCAGUCUUUUAUGAUGCUGUGCCCCUCCCAAAGACUGUUUGAUGGUGGCAAAAGCGACUCAAGAUUGCUUUUGGUUUAAAGUGCAGGUUUUCCUCUGUUUUAUUUUUUCCUGAGGUUAUUCUUGGCAGACGUGUCUUUCUUAAACAAUUUGUUGUCUGUUGACUUGUAAUCUAUAAUGGCUCUUUGGGUGUCACACCAACAUGAAACCUUGGUGGCUUUUGGUAGGUUUAAUUUUCCAUUUAUCUCCAUGUGUUUUCAAAAUUCCCCCCUGGUUUUCAGCAUUCUUGCCACCUCCUUGUGUGAUCAAUGACCAUAUGGUAGAACAAUCUCACACAGAGGGCACCUUAUGAAGAAAAUAUAAACACAAUAGGCCCAUUCAGCCCAGUGCACUCAUCAAUGUCCUUGAGUUGGUCCAACUCCCUAUGUUUCUAUAUAUCCUUAUCUGCUACACAAAGACCAGUUUGCCCCAUGGAGUCUAUGCUGGCUCAUUACUGCAAACCCUUCCCCAUCUCCAGCCCCCACCCCCUGCUAAUUUUCCUUUAAACUUGUUAUUUUGCAAAUCUGACCAAGUUUUUUCUCAGUGUUCCUCCUGCCAUUGUGCAAAUUAACAUUCAAUUCAAGAAUGGCCAACCUUGUUAUCAGGCUGAGUGUCUUCACGUGUUCUAGUUCUGCAGGAACUUGUAUAACAGUGGCCAUCUUGGAUUUGACCCAGUGGGCCACCGUUGCCCUGGUAACAGUAGCAGAUGGAAUAGUUAGGCCCAACGCAGUGCAAUGCAGACAGUGCGGGGGCCAGCUUCGAGGCCCAAGAGAUUCUAAUCUCUCUAACAGACACUGGGCCUGCACUCUCUGGAGUUUAGAAGGAUGAGGGGGACCUCAUUGAAACUUACCGAACAGUGAAAAGC